AUGCGUCUUAGUGGCGAAGUGCUCGUAGCAGCCACAGCAUGGUUAGGUGUGACCUCUGCAUUCCUUCCUGGUCCCAAGGUGCAGAAGCCUGGUUGGAAAAGAUCAGCACAGAUCACUAAAAGACAGCUACCUGCUGAGCCUGUCGGUAUUCAAACCAUCACAGGACCCAAUUUCAAUAUCACCUACAAGAACCCAGGUCAAGAAGGCAUAUGCGAGACAACGCCAGGUGUCGCUUCGUAUGCUGGUUUUAUCAAUCUAGCACCAGAUGUUCACAGCUUCUUUUACUUCUUCGAGAGCAGAAAUGAUCCCUCCACCGAUCCCAUUACUCUAUGGCUCAACGGUGGCCCUGGCAGUGACAGUCUUAUCGGCCUCUUCCAAGAACUCGGUCCAUGUAACGUCACACAGAAUCUGACCACGCAAUUGAACCCAUACUCCUGGAAUGAGGUAUCAAAUAUGCUAUUCCUUUCACAACCAGUUGGCGUGGGUUUCUCAUAUGGUGCUAAGGAGCCUGGUUCGCUUGAUCCAUUCUUUGGUGCCUUCUUGAAUGCCUCCGAAGCACCGGUCGAUGGACGUUACCCGGUCAUCAACAAUACAAAGAUUGAUACCACUGACUUGGCCGCGGUCGCAGCCUGGGAUAUCAUUCAGGCGUUUCUUGCAGAAUUGCCACAGCUCAACUCGAAUAUAACAUCAAGAGUUUUCAAUCUCGCUACUGAGAGUUAUGGAGGUCAUUACGGGCCGGCAUAUUUUAACUACUUCCAACAACAAAGUAGUUUUAUCUCGAACGGUUCUCGACAAGGUGUACCAUUAGAAUUCGGCUCACUCACCAUCAUAAACGGCAUCAUUGACGAGUAUAUUCAGGCUCCAUACUACCCAGAAUUUGCGACAAAAAACACCUACGGUAUUCAGGCCUACAACCAGUCGAUCUACGACUAUACUCAGAUCGCCCUAUACUCUCCCGUCUUCGGCUGUUUGACUCAAAUCGAGUACUGCUACUAUGCUAACCAGAGCACGCUGGUCGGUCAAGCAGUUUGCACAGAAGCUGCUAACCAGUGUCGGGACAAUGUCGAGUCGCCAUACUACGCCUUCGGAGGUCGGGGUGUAUACGACAUCCGCCAUCCAUACGACGAUCCAACACCACCAGACUACAUGAUUGACUUCCUUAACCUAGCUAGCACACAGGAAGCCCUCGGUGUUGACACAAACUACACAAGUUUCUCCAAUACAAACAUCUACUAUGCUUUUCAACAGACCGGUGACUUUGUAUACCCAAACUUCUUAGACGACUUGGAGCGCAUCCUAAAUUCAGGCGUUAGAGUGUCACUUCUCUACGGCGACGCGGACUAUAUCUGGGAGGUUAAAAUGCUGCUUUUACAUCUCUCCAAACAGGUCAACUACACGCAUACAGCCGAAUUCAACGCAGCAGGCUAUGUCCCUAUGACCGCCAACGGUGUCCAAUACGGCGAAACCCGCGAAUACGGCAACUUCUCCUUCACCCGCAUCUACGAAGCCGGUCACGAAAUCCCAUACUACCAGCCCCUCGCAUCCCUCCAGCUCUUCAACCGAACGAUCAAUGGUUUCGAUACAGCCACGGGCACGAAGAAAGUGACUGCAGACUUGAGCACGAAUGGCACAGCACGGUCGACGCAUACUGCUAGUGCGCCGCCACUACCAAGCACAACGAGUUCGGCAAGUGGAGGAGAGGCUAUAGGGACUGCGAGUGCGAGCUCGGCGAGCGCGGCGGGUACAGGUUCGUCAGUGCCAAGGCCCAUUUGGCCGGGUGGUAAUAGGUGGGCGAGGUAUGAGAAGAAGGAUAGACUUGUGGGGAGGACACCUUGGUAG